AUGGUAUACAGGCUUUUCUUUCUUAUAUCACUCGUCGAGUUUUGGGACAAUCAAGUUAUUUAUACCUACAAUGUUGUCUAUCCUGCAAACCAAGGGGCAUCUAUUCAAUAUUUCAGUAACGAAGACCCAAAGACAUUCACGUUAAAGCAGGCUAUCAGCCCUUUUCAAUACUUCAGUUGGAACAAACCAAAACUCAUGAGUCUAAACGAUCCCUCCGCAUACUACGCCACUCAACACGCAGAAGAUUUUUCAAGAUGCCACAGUAAAUUUAUGCAACUCAAAAGUGAAAGUAGCAAUUUAGCCUAUGAGUCUAUGAUAAACUCAAAGCAUGAGGCCUGCGCAGAUCAAUUUAAGAUUGAGAGUCAAAAAGACGUUAUAAGCAUUUCUAAUAUCUUAGCAAGACGUUUGUCAAAAUGCAAAGCAAGGCUCAUCAUCGAGCUGAUCCACUCCGGACAGAUCAGAGUCGUCAAGCCGGGAAAUGGUUGUAAAACUAAUUCGCAGAAACCUUGCAUUGUGGUUGAUAGAACUAUCCCACUUCAAACCCUUGUGGAUGGAUAUGAGGCCCUUACGUCUGUGAAUAGAAAUGGUAUUAACGGUUAUCUAGUCGCCAUUUCAGGGAAACUUAAGGUGAUUUUGCAAAAGUCAGGAAAAGAACACGUUAUAGUUCCGAUGCACAGUGAUGAGCAAAAUGCUGUCAUUUUCCGAUUUUUAUCCUCAACUUUAAAUGAUCGAAUUCCUGGUGAUAAACCAACCCUACGUUCAGCUGUUAUAGACUUACAUACUAGCUCUACAGAUGAAGCGGUUAGCUUGUUCGACAAUUUUGUAAAUAAUAUUAUUUGA